AUGAGUUCUUCAGAAGAGGAUGACUAUGGGGAGAUUAGAGUGCACUUCUCUAAGACUGAAUGGAGCCAGCUGCAGACCUGUGAGAAGGUGCGCUACAAGAACAUGAAGAGGAACCAUGAGGCCAUGUUAGCCAUCGGACUGAACUCCCCCACUCCAGCUUUCAUGAGACGGGGCAAAGCCCGGAGGGAGAUGAUGGAGAAGUUGUGUGCUGCUGUACACAGUGACUCUGAGGAAGAGGAGGAGUGGACUCCUGUCCUGGAGAGAAGACCCCCUGGUACCCAAACACAAAACCGCUCAACUAUCCAGGAGCUUCAGACCCCCAUUCAGGAGAGCCAGUCAGAGCAGAUCCUCUUCUGGGGGCUCAGAGAACAGUGCAGAAGGACAGGGAAGGAGUCAGACAGCCUCAAUGCUCCAAAUGCAGGCAAAGCCACCAGCAGCAUCUGCAGUGCAGGGUAUAGAGGAUUGUCCAAGAAAGAGCAGCUGAAACAGCAAACUGCGCAGCUGAACAGCUACAUUCGGGGGAACAAUCUGCGCAACCGACCGAGGGUGCAGUACACUGAGGAAGAGGAGCCAAAGGAUGAAGAUUAUCUCUACUGUGAUGAGUGCCAGUCCUUCUUCACUGAUCAGUGUGAGGUGCAUGGGCCCCCCUCCUUCAUCUCGGACUCUCCUGCACCCCUGGGGACCCCUAACAGGGCCAGACUCACCCUUCCCCCAGGUUUGGAGGUCAGAGAGUCUAGUAUCCCAGGGGCAGGCCUGGGGGUGUUUAACCAGGGCCCGACUGUGCCCAGAGGGGUGCACUAUGGACCCUACGAGGGAGAGCUGACUGACAAAGACGAGGCAGUUCACAGCGGCUACUCCUGGAUGAUCUACAGGAGAAAACUGUGUGACGAGUACAUUGAUGCCCGGAGGGAAACGCACUCCAACUGGAUGAGAUAUGUGAACUGUGCUCGCAAUGAAGAGGAGCAGAACCUUGUGGCUUUCCAACACAGAGGGAGGAUUCUGUAUCGCUGCUUCAGGCCCAUCCUCCCAGGCCAAGAGUUGCUGGUGUGGUAUGGAGAAGAGUAUGCCAGAGACCUGGAUAUCACCUUUGAUUACUGGUGGAGCAACAAGUGCUCUUCAAAAGGGAGCAACCCUGUGUGCACGGAGUUCUUCCCAUGUUCUCAGUGUCCAUUCUCCUACACAGCAGAAACUUACCUCCACAAGCACAUCAAGAGAUCUCACCCUGAGGAGUAUGUCAGACUGCUCAGGGCUGGAUCAAUCACAUCAGUGAGUCUUCUGCCUCCCAGUGGCUUAUGCCAGCGCCCUGCACCUUCUCUUGCUCUUCCCAGUGUGGUGCAGGUUGCUACAGAUGUGGCACCCACCCCAAAACGGGCAGAUACUGGCAGUCAGAAAGCACACACUUGCUCACAGUGUGGGAAGAGUUUCAGUCGACAGAGCACCCUUAAACUACACCGGCGAACUCACACAGGGGAGAGGCCGUACCACUGUGCCCAGUGUGGGAAGAGUUUCAGUCAGGAGAACAACCUUAAACGACACCAGCGAACUCACACAGGGGAGAGGCCAUACCACUGUGCCCAGUGUGGGAAGAGUUUCAGUCUGUCUCGUGAUCUUAAACGACACCAGCGAACUCACACAGGGGAGAGGCCGUACCACUGUGCCCAGUGUGGGAAGAGUUUCAGUCGAGAGAGCACCCUUAAACUACACCAGCGAACUCACACAGGGGAGAGGCCGUACCACUGUGCCCAGUGUGGGAAGAGUUUCAGUUGCGACACCAACCUUAAACAACACCAAGGCCGUACCACUGUGCCCAGUGUGGGAAGAGUUUCAAGCCUGCAUCACCCAGGCGGCCCUAAAUCGGAGCUGAUUAACACCAAGAAAAACUACAGCAUACGUGCUGGAGCAAAGAACAAUGCUGGCUGUUGUCUGCUGUCAGCGAUUAACAUCAAGUAG